GGUUACUUUCUGUUUUCAGUACUCUGGUUAAAAUAAAAAGUUUUUCCGGGUAAGAACCGUUUCUAAAACUUAGGAUUAUAUCGUUGGCCGUCGUCGUUUGAUCGGAAACCGAAAAUGAGUGACAGGUCGAGCCCUUUUAAAUAUUUCCUCUCUGGAGGCUUCGGGGGUAUUUGCACUGUUGUGGCCGGCCAUCCGUUAGACACGAUAAAAGUGAGACUGCAGACGAUGCCGAAGCCGUUGGCCGGCGAAUCGCCCAUGUACAGGGGGACGUUCGAUUGCGCGAAGAAGACUGUACAGAAAGAGGGAUUUUCCGGCCUUUACAAAGGGAUGGCGGCCCCUCUCGUCGGGGUGGCGCCCAUUUUCGCGAUAAGCUUUUUUGGAUUCGGGGUCGGAAAGAGGCUGGUCUCGUCAAAAGAGACGCCCGACCUGACUCCCGUCCAGCUCUUCACCGCCGGCGCUUUUUCAGGCAUUUUCACCACGGCGAUAAUGGCCCCAGGAGAGAGGAUCAAGUGCCUCCUGCAGAUCCAACAUGGCCAGGAGAAGCCCAAGUACACCGGGCCGAAAGACGUUGUAAAACAGCUCUAUAAGGAAGGUGGAAUCAGAAGUAUAUACAAGGGGACGGUGGCGACACUUCUUCGCGACGUCCCGGCUAGUGGAAUGUAUUUUAUGACAUAUGAGUGGUUUCAGAAGGUGCUCAAGCCACUUGGAGGCGAAAGCACCGAAAUGAACCUGCUCAAGACUAUAUUCGCAGGUGGAAUGGCAGGGAUCGCCAAUUGGUCUGUAGGAAUGCCUGCGGACGUGAUUAAAAGCAGGCUCCAAACCGCCCCCGAAGGUACAUACACAGGUGUUGCCCACGUGUUCAGAACAUUAUUAAAAGAAGACGGUAUCGGAGCUUUGUACAAAGGUGUCACCCCUGUAAUGCUCCGAGCAUUUCCCGCCAAUGCGGCGUGCUUCCUUGGAUUUGAAGCUUGCAUGAAUUUUUUAAAUUUAGUCGCUCCAAACUUAUAAAUAAGUCUAAAAGACUUUUAGUAAUCACCUAUAUAUUUUUUAUUAUACAUAUAUUAUAAACACGCUCGAAGGCAAUUGAAUUUGACAAUCUUGUUAACGAAAAAUGUAAUGCUCAAGUAAUGCUGCAUCAAAGAUUCGCCAGACUCAAGUUAUAGCUGUCUUGAAUUGUUUUUCUAUUUUUAAUUAUUCUUAAAAUUAACAAGCAUAAUCACUUAUUGACGGAGAGUUUAAUAACCGUAAAUCUUUCAAUAUAUUUGCCUUUGAGUGUAAUUUUAACAUGUAGAAUACCUAUUUAUAUAUUUAUACAUAUUCAGAUAUAUAUUUUUCUAAUGUUGGUGCGUUAAAACAUUUUUACACGGAUAUGAGCUGUUUUCUUAUAGUAUAAAAUAUUGUUAGGGCAAUAGAGAAUGCUAAGAAAUAUACAGAAUCACUAGUUUUUUA